GAAGUUUAGUUCGGGCUAUAAAUUUGCUUGGAUUCUCAAAUUCGUUAAAAAAACUUUGGCGCGAAAUUCAACCGCCAUCUUGGUGUGCUCAUUUCGUUCCUCGAUUUCAGUGAUUUUAAGAAACUCUUUCCUGCGACUUUCGUCGACUUUACUACAGAACCUUAUUCUUUAGCUUCUGGUCUUCCUCUUUGAUCUCUUCUCUGCCCAGGUAGGAGCUUUCCUCUUUCUUUCUGCCGGAGUGGCUAAUCCUCCGGACUCGGUAAUGGCGUCGCCCUCGCGCGAGCGCCUUGGAAAGCCACCAUCGGGAUCGGAAGCACCCACUACCUAUGACGAAUUUAGAUUUAUUUCUCCUCUGUCGGAAUUGGAGAAACUCUUCUCCAUCCGUUCGUCCCUUCCCUCGGAUCAAAUUUAUACGAUUUUUCUAGAAGGACAGGGACCUCUCCGACGUCUUCGUCCGGCCGAGCUCCACGCGGCCCUCAAACUGCAUUUCCCCCGACCGGAGUUGCUGCUAGAUGUCCGCUACUCCCGUAGUGGUCUUCUAAUUAUCAAAACUCGGGAUCACCAAGCCGCAGAGGCGGCUCUUCAUAUUCCCGAUAUUGCCGGAAUACCAGUCCGUGGCCGUCUGGCCCCGGACUGUGCCCAAACCGCUUAUCUCCUUCGUGGGGUGGACCCGUCGAUCACAGUCCAAGAAAUUUACGAAAUACUUUCGGAUUCCCACCUUCCAAUCCUAGAGAUACGUCGUUUUACACGACGGGACGGGGAUAACAUCGAGCCUAGCUCCACGGUUUACUUCUCAGUGGCCAGUGCUUCCCCACUGGAAUCUGUUACCAUCUAUUACCAAAGAUACCACUGUGAGCGAUAUAUUCCUCGCCCACGCCAAUGCAGGCGAUGCCUCAAUUUUGGCCACUCGUCCACAACAUGCCGCGGCCGCCGCAAAUGUAUUACUUGCGGGGCUGACCAUGACCCGGUCACAUGUACUGCCGCUGCGGCCGGCUGUGUGCGUUGCGGAGGAGAACAUUCUGCUGAUUCUCCCCGCUGCCCAGCCUAUCAGCAAGAGGCACGCCUGUUAAAAUUCAGCGCCAUCCAGCGCUGUUCUUAUCUAGAAGCCAAGCGCUCGCAGAGCAACUCCCCAAAAUCAUAUGCAACAGUGGUCUCAACUUCCCCCCCAAAACCGUCCGAGAGGACCCCUCGUUGUGAAAAACAGCCAGCUCUUUCUACUAUUGGACAGACAGGUGACAUUUUGAUUCUAACCAACCGUAUUUCCCAAUUGGAAUCCGUAGUGGAGAAGUUAUGCGCGGAGUUAAGUCUUCUUCGCUCGAUCAUUCAGCCUAACCCGCUUAACCCUACUCAGGAGUCCCUCCGUGAACCGAGUCUGAACAAGGAUUUGACUGCAUCCACGUCAAAUAAGCGCUCUUCCCACCCGGUGGGCCCUUUGACUCCUGCCCAACUCCCAAAGAAGAAGAAAGGAUCUAAACCUCGUCCCACCGAUCCAUUGGCGGCAUCCGACUCAGAAGGUCAAAAUUCCGACAUGGACCACACGUACUCCACGGGGUCCACAAGUGUAACUCCCCUAGAAGACUCCUGCUUUGCCUCCCCAGCCGAGAAGGCUAAACUUCGCCGCCACCCGCCCAAUACCCCCAAGCAAAAUGUCUAAUCCCUCAAGCAUUUUGCAAAAUCUCCGCUUGAUACACUGGAACGCGAGAGGUCUUCGUUCUAAACGUGAUCUCCUUUUGGCGGCAUCUUGGCUACGUACCGUGGACAUCAUCCUGAUACAGGAGACGUGGCU